CCACCUGUCCGUACGAUGGACAAAGGAACGACAGCUGUGAGUGCAUGGUAGACGCGGUCCCGAUAUCCGGUAGGACCAUGUUCAAGAAAGUCCGGAUAAACAUUCACACGUUGCACAUCAUAGCCGAUGACUAUACGUUUUCCGCAAAAGUUGGGGAAAACAACAUCGAGUACGGAAAAGCCGGUGACUGUUACAGUCAAAUGGAGUGUCCCCAGGGACGAUUUGGGAUCAAUUUGAGCGGCACCCUGCUGAUGUUGUCGCCAGAGGUUUACUGGCCAAGACAGAAAAAUACCUUCACGGUCAUCAAUAAAAUCAGUAAUCAGCGCGUCAUAGGAAAAUGUGGGGGGAUCUUCAUCAAAGUACGGCUAUUUCUAUGUAAAAUAAGUUUUGAAGAUACCAAGUAA